CUUCAACCAGCUCAACCAACAAAGCGCUUCCCAACUCAACUUUAGCUCACAAGCUCUCGAUCAACUAGUGUUCGUUCACACACCUUCACCACUUGCACAAAAGUCGUCGGACCGACCCCCCUCUCAAGAAUGGACCCCGUCGUGGCUGAUCUGCUGUCGGAUCGCUGGGGUGCUGUGCAUCAUCAUCUGCAAGUCACCUCUGCUGCGUCUGCGUCGUCGGACGGCGCUCCUUCUGCGGAUGAUGGUGCUCAUGCUGUUGCAGCAACGUCGCUCAUCACGCGACCUGCGGCGUACGAGCCAGAGCCAGACCCUUGCCGCGACCUGCUCAUGGCGCUCAAAGACGCGGUGGACGAGUUGGAGCACUAUUCCAAAUCAGGAUCCACCACCGCCGACAAGUCAUUGCUGAUUCGCACGGUGGAGCCAAAGCAGCUUCCGUGGGUCGGAACACCUUCAAAGCCAAAGACAGAGGAGCGGCGCACUUCGCUCGUCGCGACGGAAGAGGGUGAUUGGACGAGUCCAAUGUUGCUGUCGGCCAACGAUUCGACAACUUUGGCAGAAGUGUCGGAAGAGCCAGGCUCAGAGACCCGAUUCAUCUCGGAUGAGCAUCACUUGUUGGAAACCUUCUGCUCUAGUCUAGAAGCAUGUUUGAGACUCGGAUUGAAAUCCACCGUCAUGUUUUCGUCUGUCAAGUACGACUACUGGGAUUGGAUCACAGAGCUGGUGGCGCCGCAUACACCACUUCCCAACGAAAGCUCCUCGCCCGCGGCGGACAACAUUUCAAUCACCCUGUGGCCUUCCAGCAACUCAAAGCCCAAGGAAAUUCCCACCAUCAACCCAAUCAUGAACGGCAUUGUGUCGACCAUCUCGAGCAGAACGCCAUCCCUGCAGACGCCCCAAGGCCGCGGGCGACAAUUCAUUCGCAUGGCCCUCACCAGCAAAGUCCUUACCGUCCCGCUGCAGCAACUCUCCCGCAACAAGAAGCUGCGUGAAGCGUGGUACUCAAAGGAGGAUUCCAUUCUUGGGCACCCAAAACACAUCCAAGAAUUGAUUGCCACCCUCUACGAAAUCACCGCCAUCGACUUUCAGCUCGAUCUCUCAAACACGACCUCCCUCGACGACACCUGGACCUUGCCAAUCAUGCGGCACGUCACCUUUAUCAAGAGUCCGGAAUUUGGUCUUGGAAUUGACAUUCUACAAUCUGGCGAGCACAUCACAAUCGUUGGUGUCAAGCCCGGCAGUCCAGCGGCGAAUUCGAAUGCCAUCGACGUUGGCGACAUCCUCGAGAACGUGAAUGGGCUGGUCGUCGCAAAUCAGCCUCAAUCUGUUGUGACGCAGCACAUUCGCGCGAUUGUGGGUCGAGUGGACUUGGUGAUUCGAAAAUCAAGCUCCAAGCACAACGAAGUGAAAAGUCUGUAGUUGUACUCCCUGUUGCGUUCUUCCAUCUUAAACUGUUGUUCAUGCCAUAUUGUUCUUGUACAUGAAGUGUAUUGAUUGCACUGUUUUGACGCCGCUGGUUCCAUUGAAAAAAACAAAACGAAAUGUGUUGUCUUGG